AUGGUUGUGUUUGACGGCCACGAGUACCUGACCGAGGAGGAGAAGCGUCUCGGCCAGGACAGGAAGCGGGAGAAGUACUGGAAGAAAUGGGGUCCCUACGUCGCGGAGCGCCAGUGGGCCACCGUGCGCGAGGAUUACAGCCCUGACGGCGAUGCUUGGAGUCACUUCAGCCACGAGCACUCGCGCUCCCGCGCCUACCGAUGGGGCGAGGACGGUAUCUCGGGUGUUUGUGAUACACAUGGCUUCCAGAACAUUGCAUUUGCGUUCUGGAACGAAGAGGAUGAUUUCCUCAAGGAGAGGCUUUUUGGCCUUUCAAACCCUCAGGGAAACCAUGGCGAGGGUGUCAAGGAGGCCCAUUUCCACGUCGACAACACGCCGCGCCGUCAAGCUGACACCUCACAGCACUCGUACAUGAAGUUUCUCUACAAAUACCCCCAGAAGAAGUUCCCCUACGAAGACCUUUUGGCCGAGAACGCCCGCCGCGGAAAGGAGGACAAUGAGUACCAGAUUCUCGACACUGGUGUCUUCGACGAAGACCGUUACUGGGACAUUUUCAUUGAGACGGCCAAGGAAUCAGAUGACCCCGACGAGCUCCUCUUUCGAGUUACUGCCUGGAACAGAGGACCCGACCCGGCGCCCAUCCACAUUGUGCCGCACAUGUGGUUCCGUAACACCUGGGCUUGGGGCCGCGAGCCCGAAGACAAGAAGCCCUCCCUGGGCAUUCACGGCGAGAAUCAAGUCAAGUCGAAACAUCACUCCCUCGGCGAGCGCUUCCUCUCCAUGUCACCCUCUCCCGGUGUCGGCGCCAGUGGCGAGGAUGUUCUCCCGAAGAUGAUGUUCACCGAUAACGACACCAACUUUGAGACUCUGUACAAGCAAGAAAACAAGACUCCCUACGUCAAGGACGCCUUCCACAAGUAUAUCGUCGAUGGCGAGAAGAAGGCCAUCAACCCCGCUCAGACCGGUACCAAAGCCGCCGCAUGGUUCAACUUCAACGAGGACGGCGGUGUCAACCCUGGCGAGUGCGCCGUGGUCCGUUUCCGAUUCUCCAAGAAGGACUUGCCCUACUUCGAUGAGGGUGAAUUCGACGAUAUCAUGGACCAGCGUGUGGCCGAUGCCGACGACUUCUACUACAGAAUCAGCCCGCUGCCCAUGGCGGAUGAUUUGCGCAACAUCCAGCGCCAGGCCUUCUCCGGCAUGAUGUGGACCAAGCAGCACUAUCUGUUCAUCUGGGACCAGUGGGCAAACGGCGAUCCUACGCAGCCGCCUCCCCCGCCGGGCCGGAAAGCCAUCAGAAACUCCCAGUGGAAGCACAUGCACUGCGACGAUAUUCUCUCGAUGCCCGAUUCAUGGGAAUAUCCAUUCUUCGCUGCUUGGGACAGUGCCUUCCACUGUAUCCCGUUGGCUAUGAUCGAUCCCGACUUUGCGAAGAAGCAGCUCGAUCUCUUCACUCGUGAGUGGUAUUGCCAUCCCAAUGGACAACUCCCUGCGUACGAGUGGAACUUUGGUGACGUGAACCCGCCUGUCCAUGCCUGGGCUACUUUCCGUACCUUCAAGAUUGAGCGCAAGCUGUACGGCCGUCAGGAUCUCGACUUCCUGGAGCGUGUGUUCCAGAAACUGCUUCUCAACUUCACCUGGUGGGUGAACCGCAAGGAUUCCGAGGGCAAGAACGUUUUUGAGGGAGGCUUCCUCGGCCUCGACAACAUCGGUCUGUUCAACCGGUCUGAGCCUCUGCCGACAGGCGGCUCCCUCGAGCAGGCGGACAGUACUGGCUGGAUGGCGUUCUACUGCCUGAGCAUGCUGAACAUUGCCCUUGAGCUGGCGAAGCACAGGCGGACGUAUGAGGACAUUGCGUCCAAGUUCUUCGAGCACUUCAUCUUCAUCAGUGAUGCCAUGACUUUCAGGACAGGCGAUAAGGACGAGAAGUCGCUCUGGAACGACGAGGAUGGCUUCUACUACGAUGCCAUCUCAUGGGGUGGUCCCUGGAUCCAGCAAUUGCCGGUUCGCUCGCUCGUCGGUCUCAUCCCCCUUUACGCGACGAUGACCCUGGAGCCGGAGCUCAUUAACAAACUCCCAUCAUUCAAGAAGCGUGUCGAUUGGUUCAUCGAGAAUCGUCCCGACAUGGCGGAGCGGAAUAUGGCCAGUUUGCAAAAGCGUGGCAAAGGCAACAGGAUCCUUCUGUCGAUUGUUAGCAAGGACAGGUUGGAGAAGAUUCUCCACCGCAUGCUCGACGAGGACGAGUUUUUCAGCGAGCACGGUAUCCGCUCCUUGUCCAAAUAUCACAAGGAGAACCCCUUCUCUAUGGACGUCAACGGACAGAAGUUCUCUGUCGGCUACGUCCCUGGCGACUCCGACAGUGGUCUCUUUGGUGGCAACAGUAACUGGAGAGGCCCUAUCUGGCUCUGCGUCAACUUUUUGCUUGUCGAGUCGCUGCAGCGUUUCUUCCUCUUCUAUGGCCACGAGUUCCAGGUUGAGUGUCCCACCGGUAGCGGCGACUACAUGCAUCUGGGUCACGUCUCUGAGGAGAUCCAACAUCGUCUACAGCAUCUCAUGACCCGCAACGAUGAUGGCCGCCGAAGCAUCAACGACGGCAAUGACACGCUAGACUUUGAUCCCCACUGGAGGGACUACCUUUGGUUCUACGAGUUCUUUGAUGGUGACUCUGGCCGCGGCCUCGGAGCUACGCAUCAGUGUGGCUGGACUGGACUGAUGGCGCGCAUGAUUCACGACACAGGAACCAACUGCCGUCUGCCACACACCCCACGCACCCCCUCUGUGGGCAUGGCGCACUACUUUGAUGACGUUUUCACACGGAACACAGGCCGUCGUGGAUCUGUGCAUUCGAUUCGUGGUAUUCGCCGAUCCUCUACGGCACGAUCUAUUGACGCAAGGAGUGACUUUGACAACGAUAUCAAUGGCGACGACUCUCUCGGCAACUCGGUUCAUGACCUUGAACGUGAGCGUGAAACGGCUGAGGCCGACCAGCACAUGCACCAGUACAUCAACAGCCAGCUGGAGCGGUUCCGUGACGAUAAGGGAGGUGCCACCGACUCGCAGCAUGAUGAGUAUGAGGCGACUCCCUGA